CUAUUCUCUCUCGUUUACUGGCAUACACAGCCGUCGUUGCGCUUGGGCAGAGCGAGUUAGCGAGAGAGAGAGAGAGAGAGAGAGAGAGGAUAGUGACAGCGUUGUUGAGAGCAGAGAAAGAUGAACACAGACAUCACAGCGUCGACGAAGCCAGAGUACCCGGUCUUAGAUCGGAACCCUCCCUUCACCAAAGUAGUCGGAAACUUCAACUUCCUCGACUACCUCCGCUUCACAACCAUCACUGGCGUCUCCGUCACCGUCGGCUACCUCUCCGGAAUUAAGCCGGGGAUUAGGGGACCGUCGAUGGUGACCGGAGGUCUGAUUGGGCUGAUGGGAGGGUUCAUGUACGCGUACCAGAAUUCGGCGGGUCGAAUCAUGGGAUUCUUCCCCAAUGACGACGAGGUAGCUCGUUACAAGAAAUGAUGAUGAUUUCCCGAGAAUAUUUUUUACCUUUUUUCUUAGUGCUUUGGAAGAAUCUAAGAAAAAGCCCCCCUCUUUACAGACAGUAUUUCCCCUAAUUUUUCUCCCAAAAUCAUACAUUUUGAUGAUGUUAAUAAUCAGAAUGUUGAAUAUGUUGUUUUCA